CUUAAAAAAAUCUUAGAGACUAGGUUGCCAAAUUCUUUCUCUCCACCUCUCCGUCGUCGAUUAAAUUUACGCGGGGUAGAAGAAGAAACAUGUUGUCCAUAUAUUUCUUCGUAAUAUUUGGUUUUCUAACAAAAACAAGCUUCUGUACCUCUUUAUCUUGUGCACGGGAAACUUUGGAGAUCGUGAAAGUAGCGAAUGAGAAGAAAUUGAAUGCUGAACUGUAUUUAACAAAAACUGUGAAAAAUGAAAAUAAAUGUUUUGAUGUGUGUUUGUAUAAUGACUUUUGUUUGUCAUACAACGUCAAUAUGACUAGUAAAAAUGUUGAGUGUGAAUUAUUUUCGAAACUGGAUGGAGAAGAAUUGUUAAUUCCACAAGUUGGCUUUAAACACUUUAAAGUGCAUUUCCAUCAUCGUUGCAUACCUGUCAAAAAUUCUUCUCCUCAGAUUUGUGAUUGCCGAUCAGUUCCUCGUGCUCAAAGAGAUUGUUUGGAAUGGCGAGAAAAUGGUGCAAAGGAAGAUGGUUUGUAUAAUAUAAAAGUGGGUGAUAAAACUCAGGGAGUGUUGUGUGACAUGACAACAGACGGAGGAGGGUGGACUGUGAUUCAAAAGCGACAGAGAUCGAGUAAUGCUGUGAAUUUUUACAGAAAUUGGGAUGAGUACAAAAACGGCUUUGGGGAUGUGGAAACAGAAUUUUGGCUUGGGAACGAUCACCUACAUAAACUGACAUCCAUGGGGGAGACCACUCUUCAAGUCUAUUCUACUGCCGAGAACAACAUAGAGAAAAUUUCAGUUUUCACACAUUUUAAAAUCGCUGAUGAAGAUAAUUUCUACCAAUUAAGUUACCGAGAUAGCACUGGCCCGUCCUUUACUGCAGAAUACUCAACUUUUAAUCACAGCAAAUUUACUACGUAUGAUAAGGACAACGAUAAUGCAGACAACAAAAACUGUGGUUCCUAUUUCAAAGCCGGUUUUUGGUUUAAUCACUGCAAUCUUGCCAAUGUAAACGGACCGUAUGUUUCAACAAGGGGAUUCUUUUGGAGACAUUGGAAUGUACCUGAUGAUCUUGAUUCGUAUGAGUUAAAAAAAACGUUGAUGAUGGUACGGAGAAAGCCAAAUGAAAACUUGCUUCUUUGAUUGCCUGCUAAUUACGCGUGUAGUACAGUAGAGUAGCGUUAUUGCCAUGUUAUCAUUAUAUUGUAUGAGGAAAUAAAACACUGUAAUUAGUGAAUAAUGGCGUCAUCGACGAUUUAGGAUCACGCAUAAACUUAGGCAAUACGAUUGUAAAAUUAUAUUUAAUUCAUAAAGAACUGUUAAGAGCUGUGCAAUAUUCCAUCCUGUUUUUUUUUGUUUUUUUUGUAUUUAAUAUAUACAAUGAUAUUAAACGGAUACUGACCGGCUUUGAUGUUGUACUGUGAAAUACAAAGCCCGAGGUCAAAACUGUGCCCAAGCAAUUCAAUUGCAGAAGUCGAAUAUCUUAACACUCUUUUUAUAUAAAUA